AUGGUGAUGUUACUUGAUAUGCAAAAGGUAGAUCUUUGGCAUGUCUUUCUCCAAAGAUGGAAGCACCCGGUCAACAAAGAUGGAGCUCCUUUGGAAAGAAAUGAGUGGUCCAAAGAUCAAUUGAAGGAGAAUGCUCCAAAUCGAAAAGCCAUGGCAACUCUCAUCUCCUUAAUUUCAAGAGAAGAAAAAAGUAAAAUUCAACACUUGACUUGUGCCAAGCAAAUGUGGGACACCUUGGAGAAAUACUAUGAAGGCACCAAUCGAGUCAAGGAAAAGAAGCUUCAGUUGCUUCUUGGAGAAUAUGAAGGCUUCAAAUGUUUGCCUGAUGAAGAUGUGUCCUUGAUGAUUACAAGGUUUCUUGGAAUUGUUACAAGUCUUGAUUCACUUGGAAAAUCCUACAAGCUAAGGAAAAUCAACGAUAAAAUCUUAAGAUCCAUUGAAGAAGCUCACGACUUGUCCACCUUCAGAACGGAUGAGUUGAUUGGCAAGCUACUCCUCCAUGAGAUAUUUUACUUUAAGAGCAUUCAAAAGAAGAAGUCAAAGGAGAACAAUGUUUCUUUCAAGACUUGA